AUGCGAGCCAGAGGCAGUACAUCCUUUCCGGUAAGCAGUACGUGUGGGUGUGCUUAUUUGAGAGUCACCAAGGAAGUAGUAGAAAUGUUGAAGAGGAGACAACCCGCUCUUGAAAGACUAUGCGCGUCGCGUGCUCGAUCUAGCAAUUGUUUUGAUGAACUGUCAUUCAAAAAGAAAGAAGAGAAAGAAAUGGAGGGUGGCGCCUACAUAACAGGUUGCUUGCUUACCAAGCCAUCCUGGCUUUUCGCUCCUCCAGGUCGGGAUAUCCCCGCCCUCCGAACCGGACGUGAAGGUCUCCCCUCAUCCGGCUCUCCGCAGGGGAAUCUCCACUCACUGCUUCCCCUAAUAUCCUCCCUUUACCACAUCAUGGGGGUUUACAGGAGAUCCCAGAGGCUCGCUCGGAAAGGCUGCUAUACCAUACCUUUUGACUCCACUCUACUCUAG